AUGGGUUUCGUCGACUUUGAAAGAUGGGUGAAACCACCAGAUCUGUACACCGACAAAUCGAGGUUGUGUGCUAAAAUCCGUGGCCUGACCCCAGGUCAGAGGCGCGUCUGCCGCCGUAAUAAAGACCACAUGCCGGUGGUAAGCGACGGUGUCAAGCGGAGCAUAGCUGAAUGUCAACACCAAUUCAAAGACAGAAGAUGGAACUGCAGUGUUACCGAAGACGUGACAGUAUUUGGACCACUCUCCCUGAUUGGAUCCCGUGAAACAGCGUUCACGCAUGCUUUGACGUCAGCGGGCGUGUCGUUGUCAGUGUCACGUGCGUGUCGUGACGGACGGCUCGCUAGCUGCAGCUGCAGCCGCGCGCGUCGCCCGCCCGGCCUGCGGGAGCAAUGGCUAUGGGCCGGCUGCGGGGACGACCUACAAUACGGAUACACUUUCACCGAAGGCUUUGUAGACAUCAGAGAACGCGAGAAGAAAGUAAAAAGAGGCAGCCGUGAACAGGGGCGGCAACUUAUGAACAAACACAACAAUGAAGCUGGUAGACGGGCGGUGAUGAAAAAGUCCCGUGUUUCGUGUAAAUGUCACGGUGUAUCGGGGUCCUGUAGCCUCGUCACGUGCUGGCAACAGCUACCCAGCUUCAGAGAGAUAGGUGACUACCUUAAAGAGAAGUAUGAUGGUGCCACAGAAGUGAAGGUGUCACGUAGAGGCAGACUGCGGCUCUCACAUCCGCGCAAUGACUUGCCUACUGUUCUAGAUCUGGUCUACUUAGAAGAAUCACCUAAUUACUGCGUCAAAAAUGAUACUUUGGGUUCACUCGGCACUUCAGGAAGGGAAUGCAAUAGGACCUCGGCGGGUAUAAACGGCUGCUCGCUUAUGUGUUGUGGCCGUGGAUACAACACUAUGAAAGUCACAUUGAGGGAAAGAUGCGGCUGCAAAUUCCACUGGUGCUGCCGCGUACAGUGCAACACUUGUGUCAAAACAAUGGAAACAUACACUUGUAAAUAG